AGUCUGGACGCGCUCUCGCCGCUGUGUCCCGCUGAACUCCUGUGAAUGACAGACACACAGCAGACGGACACUAAUCUCUCCAGAGUCCAACACGGCUGUCUGGAAUGAUGGGUGAUGUUCAGUUUGUUAUGGGAUCUCAUGUCUCCAAGACGACUCUGACUCUGGGACGAGGUUCCCCCAGCAAAGAGCCCCCUGUUUUUACCCUCCCGCCACGUAAUACCCGCGUCUGCCAAGGGGGUACCGCACGCCUUGAAGGGAAGGUGCGUGGUUUUCCAGAGCCCCAGGUUUGCUGGUUUAGGAAAGGGAAGCUACUGAUAGCAGGAGAUCAUUAUUCAAUGGAACACAGUGCUCGUGGAAGCUUUAGUCUGGUGGUCCAGGAAGUCCAGGAUGACGAUGGAGGACGGUACACCUGUGAAACUGUCAAUGAUGCUGGGAGCUGCCAGGUCACAGUGGAGAUCAUUGUGGAAGGAAAUGCAGGGAAAAAAUACAGUCUUCCUUCCUCCAACAGAGCAGGUGGAUCUCUGGGUGUUCCUGCAGUAGAGAACAGACCCAGUAUCUGGGGUGAAAGCCCCCCAAAGUUUGUGGCUAAACCUUCUCGCCUGUAUCUCAAAGUGGGACAGAGCGGCAAAUUCUCAGCCAAGAUCACGGGACGACCCCAGCCACUGGUGCAGUGGUAUAAGCCUGUACGACCUUAA